UUUGCUGAAGCCAGCGAGAGCAGAAGAGCCAUCUUCCCGACCAGGGAGAGUGGAAGAGUGGGGGACUGUUGAGACAAUUUGGAGGGACCCCGGUGUCGUUCUUAGGCACAACGUGGGAACGGUAGGACUACCGGUGUCAGUAGGGAAGAAGGGUAUUUUUUUCAGUAUUCGGACUCGGAGUCAUCGGGAACCAGUGGGGCUCGAGCGAAGAAGCUUUUUUAAAAAUAUAAAUACAAAGGCAAAUAAAUUCGAGUCAAGUCUAUUAGCUAAUAGAGUAGAUGUGCAAUCCAACAAAUAUAAAACUAACCGUGCACCACUUACCGAAGACCGUUGCUCGAAAAUACUAUGUAUUCAUUCAAGUUUGACGGAUGUGUAGGUCUUUAAAGGUGUCAAGGUAAACAAACACCAAAGCCACUGUUGGAGCGGGUGCUGCUGUAGCUAGCUAGCUAGCUAGGGCUUUGAGACAUGGAUUAGGACCAAGGGUAUUAUGCCAGAGACAGUGUUUGAAAGAAUAUUAGCUAAUUUUUACGAUGUUGACCACAAAUUAGAACUCCUAGCUACUACAAUUGUGAAUAAUGACAAUCGAGACUUUUGUAUUUUUAAGAUGUUAGCUAGCUGAUUUAGCAACCUACUCUUGUUGGCCAGUGUUCGCUUACUACUGUAGUUAGCUGGCUAGUUAGCAUUAGCAGAUAGUUUAGCUAGUUGGCAGUUUAGCUAGCUGGCUAAUGCUAGCUAUUAGCAAGCUAUUAGCUCCUCAAGCUUGAGUAGUGAGUGUCUGUCAAAGAAAGCUACCGUCUCUCAUUCUAUCUGGAUUUCACUUGUUAUUUUAUUCACGUUUUAUCCACAGGGGAAAUGAAAUAGGCCUGCUAGGUUGUAUUGCUUGCAAGCUUUUGGAACAUUAUGUUCGGUUGUCUCGAGACGGGCAGUGUGUCGCACAGCUGAUUCAUCGAGGAGGUUGGAAAUGGAGGAAAACAAGUUACGUUUAUGUAGAUUUAAUUUUAAAGUAAAGUACAAUAGUUGACGUCAAUAUUUAUUUGGACGAGUUGGGUUAAUCGUAGCCAAUGUAGAAAGUGUUAAAUUAAAAUUAGUUAGAUAAGAACCCUAUCAAUAUGUGUCUAUGGGUGACUUGUAAGUGAGUGGGGGUCGUCUCCCUCGAAGUACUGUCCACUCAAGCAGAAACAGUCCAACUCGAAACUGUGUGGUGGUAGUGGACAGAAACUAAAUUGUUACCGGACUAGGAUCAACUUUCUCAGACGACAUGGAUAUACGGUGUCUCAGAUAAGUUAUCACCCUAAAUGGCAAGGCCUUGGUAAGAAAGAUGAGGGAAAAGGUCAUUGAGUGACCUAGUUGUGCCUCUCUUUUCCAGAUAUACUGAAUACUAAUUUGGUACAAUUUGUGACAAAGUUUCCCCCCUCCUACUGUUUAGAAUGGAUAUUAUUGUUUUAUUUGUGUAGCUCACCAGCAAGACUACAGUGAGCUCUCAGCAGUGUUUUGGUUCCGUUGCGCUCACCCCUCCCCCAACUUUUACUGGAGACUUGUGGAAGUGUUCUUUCCUUCUGCUGCCUGUCAGUGGUAGGCCACUCUCACCCUUUUAUUUUUUUAAAUCAUUUGACGGAAGGCCUUGGCUAUUGUACAGUCCACUUGAAUCCUGUGUUAUAUAGCCUACAGUGGAUGUAAUGGAACUAAUGUUCGCCGAGUGGGAAGACGGAGAAAGGUUCUCCUUCGAAGAUUCUGACCGGUUCGAAGAGGACUCGCUCUGCUCCUUCAUAUCAGAAGCUGAGAGUCUGUGUCAGAACUGGAGGGGAUGGAGAAAACAGUCUGGUGGACCAAAUUCUCCUACAGUUAAGAUUAAAGAUGGUCAGGUCAUUCCUCUGGUGGAGCUUUCAGCCAAGCAGGUGGCAUUCCAUAUCCCGUUUGAGGUGGUGGAGAAGGUCUAUCCUCCUGUCCCUGAGCAGCUGCAGCUACGCAUCGCCUACUGGAGCUUCCCUGAGAACGAGGAGGACAUCCGGCUGUACUCGUGUCUGGCCAACGGCAGCCCAGAUGAGUUCCAGCGAGGGGAGCAGCUGUACAGGAUGAGGGCUGUUAAAGACCCUCUGCAGAUAGGUUUCCACCUCAGUGCCACCGUGGUAUCGCCCCAGACUGGCCAAUCAAAAGGGGCGUACAAUGUGGCUGUCAUGUUUGACCGCUGCCGCAUUACCUCCUGCAGUUGCACCUGCGGGGCCGGGGCCAAGUGGUGCGCCCACGUGGUGGCCCUCUGCCUCUUCAGGAUCCACAACGCGUCUGCAGUGUGCCUGCGAGCCCCCGUUUCAGAGUCCCUGUCCCGGCUGCAGAGGGACCAGCUGCAGAAGUUUGCCCAGUACCUAAUCAGCGAGCUUCCCCAACAGAUUUUGCCCACAGCCCAGAGGCUCCUGGAUGAGCUCCUGUCCUCCCAGUCCACAGCCAUCAACACAGUGUGUGGGGCUCCAGACCCCACUGCUGGCCCCUCGGCCUCUGACCAGAGCACUUGGUAUCUAGAUGAGUCCACGCUCAGUGACAACAUCAAGAAGACGCUGCACAAGUUCUGUGGCCCCUCUCCUGUGGUCUUCAGUGACGUCAACUCCAUGUACCUGUCAUCCACGGAGCCACCGGCUGCGGCAGAGUGGGCAUGUCUGCUGAGACCUCUGAGGGGGCGGGAGCCUGAGGGGAUCUGGAACCUCCUGUCUAUCGUCAGGGAGAUGUUCAAGAGGAGGGACAGCAACGCUGCACCUCUACUUGAGAUCCUCACUGAGCAGUGUCUCACUUAUGAACAGAUUAUUGGCUGGUGGUACAGCGUGCGUACGUCGGCGUCCCACAGCAGUGCCAGCGGGCACACGGGGCGCAGUAACGGGCAGUCGGAGGUGGCAGCCCACGCCUGCGCCAGCAUGUGUGAUGACAUGGUGGUUCUGUGGAGGCUGGCUGUGCUAGACCCUACCAUGAGCCCUCAGAGGCGUUUGGAGCUGGCCUCCCAGCUCAAGCAGUGGCAUCUGAAAGUGAUUGAGAUUGUGAAGCGAGGGCAACAUCGCAAGUCCCUGGACAAACUGUUCCAGGGCUUCAAGCCAGCCGUGGAGUCCUGCUACUUCAACUGGGAGGUGGCCUACCCACUGCCAGGCAUCACCUACUGCAGUGCUGACAAGAAGAGCGCCUCCUUCUGCUGGGCCAGGGCAGUGCAGCAGCAGAGAGGGGCCAAGGCUGGCCUGGCUGGAGACACCUCUGAACUUGGAGGAGGAGGGGGGAGAUCUGGCAGCUCUGAGGGAGGUGGGGGAGACUACAAGGGCAGAACUCCCCAACAAGAAGUGGCUGUCAGGCCCAAAGAGACCAUUGUGAGCAAGAGGAAGGGGUUGUCGGCCGGGAGCGGAGGAGGGGUCCUAGUGCGGCUAGGGGGCAGUGUCUGUCUUUCUCUAGAGGAGGGCAGUAGUAAGGGGAUGUACAAAGGCGCAGGUUCCUCCUCGUCCAUUGGGGGCAAGGCUAAGCUGGCCCAGGGGGGGAAGUCGUCCUCUGGGGGAUCAGGAGGGGUAGGGGGAAAACACCAAGCGGCCAAGCGGCGCACCAGCAGUGAGGACAGCUCCCUGGAGCCUGAUAUGGCCGAGCUGAGCCUGGAUGAUGGCUCCAGUCUGGCGCUGGGCGCCGAGGCCAGUAACACCUUUGACUUCACACCCCCGCCACCCGAGAUGCUACCCUCACCAAGCCCGCUACUCAGAGAGCCACACAAAUACAGUGGGGGAGGGAAAGGGGCCGGAAACAUGCCCAAGGAGCGCUCCUUUGAGGUCAAACGUGUCACUCUUGCUGCCACCCUGCCUGCCACUGAGUCCCAGCCCGCCUUCCCCCUCAAGGAGAACGCCGCUGUCGUCGUGGAAGCGGCUGUUGUCUUGGAGAAGGAGGUGGAAGUGGAGGCAGAGAUGGAGGUGAAUGGAAAUAAGGAGGUGGCCCCCGCUGGAGACGUUCGGCUCUCCACCUCGGUCGCUGUUGUUACCGUGACUGCUGCUGCCGCCAAGCCACCGCGUGGUGGGCGCCGAGAAACUGGCGCUGGAGCCGUAGCCCUGCCCAAUCAGAGCCCAAGGGCAGGGGGAGACCCUGUUGGAGAGGAUGACUACCGGGCCUACUACCUAAAUGCAGCCUCUGAGGAGGGGGCAGAGAGAGUGCCAGAGAACAACCAUGAGGAGGAACCAGACAUCUUUGCUGGGAUCAAACCGCUGGAGCAGGAGGGCCAGAUGGAGGUGCUGUUUGCAUGUGCAGAGGCCCUCCACGCCCAUGGCUACAGCAACGAGGCCUGCAGACUGGCAGUGGAGCUGGCUGGAGACCUGCUGGCCAACCCUCCAGACCUGAAGGUGGAGCAGCCCCAGACAAAGGGUAAAAAGAGCAAGGUGUCCACCAGCAGGCAGACCCAGGUGGCCACCAACACCCUGGUCAAGACCUCCUUCCUGCUGACGGUGCUGAGCGAGAGGCUGGAGCUCCACAACCUAGCCUUUAGCACGGGUAUGUUCUCUCUGGAGCUGCAGAGGCCCCCAGCCUCCACCAAGGCCCUGGAGGUCAAGCUGGCCUACCAGGAGUCAGAGGUGGUGGCUCUGCUGAAGAAGAUCCCUCUGGGCCUGGUGGAGAUGACGUCCAUACGGGACAGGGCCGAGCAGCUCCGAGACGGGAACUUCUGUGACUACAGGCCUGUCCUGCCCCUCAUGCUGGCCAGCUUCAUAUUUGAUGUGCUGUGUACCCCAGUUGUCUCCCCCACAGGUUCCCGUCCUCCCAGCCGUAACCGGAACAACGAGAUGCCUGGAGACGAGGAGCUGGGCUUUGAGGCUGCUGUCGCAGCACUGGGUAUGAAGACCACAGUGAGCGAGGCAGAGCACCCUCUGCUGUGUGAGGGGACCAGGAGAGAGAAAGGAGACUUGGCUCUGGCUCUUAUGAUCACAUACAAGGAUGACCAGAGCAAGCUGAAAAAGAUCCUGGACAAGCUGCUGGACAGAGAGAGCCAGACCCACAAGCCCCAAACCCUGAGUUCCUUCUACUCCAGCAAGCCAGCUGCCAGCAGCCAGAGGAGCCCGUCCAAGCACGCUGCACACAAUGCUCACGGACACGGAGGUGCCACCGGAGGGGUGUCCAAACACGCUCCAAACGCCACGGCUGCAGCUGGGUCUUCCUCUGUGCAACCGGUGGCUGCUGGUGGGGCAGCAGGACAACUGGCGGGCAGCGGUGUGCAGAACAACGCCACACCCGGAGAGGGCGUCAGUGAGGCCAGAGAACAAGCAGAUGGCGCCCAGCCUGCGUCAUGUGACCAGCCGAGUGAUGCGGUCCCAUUCAAGCCCGAGGGCACUGUGCCUAGUCGCUUGGCGCUGGGAGGACGGGGGGCAUACAGCGGGCGCUGCUGGGGCUCUCCUGUCCGCCAGAAGAAGAAACACACAGGCAUGGCGAGUAUCGACAGCAGUGCUCCUGAGACCACCUCAGACAGCUCCCCCACCCUCAGCCGACGUCCACUCAGAGGGGGCUGGGCUGCGGCCUCCUGGGGGAGGGGCCAGGACAGUGACAGCAUCAGCAGCUCUUCCUCUGAUUCGCUGGGCUCCUCCUCAUCCAGUGGCUCUCGCAGGGCCGGAGGGGGAGCUAGGGCAAAGAGCACAGACACCAGCAGGUAUAAAGGGCGUCGUCCCGAGUGCCAUGCACCCCAUGUGCCCAACCAGCCAUCGGAGGCGGCGGCUCACUUCUACUUUGAGCUGGCCAAGACGGUGCUGAUCAAGGCCGGGGGCAACAGCUCCACCUCCAUCUUCACCCAGCCCUCAGCCAGCGGGGGCCACCAGGGUCCCCACCGUAACUUGCACCUCUGUGCCUUCGAGAUUGGCCUGUACGCCCUGGGCCUGCACAACUUUGUCUCGCCCAACUGGCUAUCCAGGACCUACUCCUCCCACGUCUCCUGGAUCACAGGCCAGGCCAUGGAGAUUGGCAGUGCUGCCCUCAACAUCCUGGUGGAAUGCUGGGACGGGCACCUCACCCCUCCCGAGGUGGCAUCACUGGCAGACAGGGCAUCACGGGCACGGGACCCCAACAUGGUUCGCGCUGCGGCCGAGCUGGCCCUGAGCUGCCUGCCCCAUGCACACGCCCUCAACCCCAAUGAGAUCCAGAGGGCCCUGGUGCAGUGCAAGGAACAGGUACAUGUCCGGUACUCUUCAGUUCUGCAGAAGACACAUCGGACUACUCAUGACAAUGUGAUGCUAGAGAAAGCCUGUAUGGCUGUAGAGGAGGCAGCAAAGGGGGGCGGUGUGUACCCUGAGGUUCUGUUUGAGGUGGCCCACCAGUGGUACUGGCUCUAUGAGCAGACAGUAGGAGGGGGCUCAGGGGCCCAGCGCGAGGGCCCGGGACGCUGCAGGGCCAACGGUGGAGCUGGGAGAAGGCCCCCGGAGACUGGUCACGGUGUGACGGACAACAGUGGCAACAUGGAGUCCUCUGGUGUUGCCACAGUGACUGCCUCUGUGACAGCAGCGGCUGUGGUGCCCGUCAUCUCUGUGGGCUCCACCAUCUACCAAUCACACGCCCUUCCUGGCUCUGCCAUGGCCCACCCCCACUCCCAGGGCCUGCAUCCCUACACUACCAUCCAGGCCCACCUGCCCACUGUCUGCACCCCCCAGUACCUGGGGCACCCGCUGCAGCACGUCCCCCGGCCCACUGUGUUCCCCUUGUCAGGGGGUGCGUACCCACAGUGUGUAUGUGUGCCCUCCCAGGGAAUGCACCCGGCCUUUAUCGGUGCCCAGUACCCGUUCUCAGUGGCCACCGGCCCCCAUCCGCCCAUGGCAGCAACUGCGGUCACCUUCCCUGGUAUUCCCGUGCCGUCCAUGACCCAGAUCGCCGUCCACCCGUACCACACUGAGACCGGCCUGCCUCUGAGCACCACUGUAGCAGGAGCCACGACUUUUUCCUCUUUCUAUCCAGUAGGUGGCGUCCAUUCAGGCGCCACAAUCCAGGCCAUUCAGGGGUCAUCUCUUCCUGGUAUGUCUUCCCAGCCCGUCUCAUUGGUCAGCGCCCCCUUCCCGUCUGAAGACGAGCAGCAUAGCCAGCCAAUCAGCCAGCAGGGUCUUCACUACCUGCACUCAGCCUACAGAGUUGGCAUGCUGGCUUUGGAGAUGCUUGGAAGGAGGGCUCACAACGACCACCCCAAUAACUUCUCCCGCAGCCCCCCAUACACGGAGGAUGUCAAGUGGCUCCUGGGCCUGGCUGCACGGCUAGGUGUGAACUACGUGUACCAGUUCUGUGUGGGUGCGGCUAAGGGUGUGCUCAGCCCCUUCGUCCUUCAGGAGAUCAUCAUGGAGGCACUCCAGAGACUCAACCCCGCCCACAUCCAUGCCCACCUCCGCACGCCCGCCUUCCAUCAGCUUGUGCAGCGCUGCCAGCAGGCCUAUCUACAGGUGGCGAGAGAGGGCGGCGGAGGAGAAGAGGGCGCAGGAGGUGGGCAAUCACUCCCCCACAGUGGCUCAUGUUCAGAGGCACCAUUUGCCCCCCGAAGGAGAUGCACUUCUUCAUCGAUGACCCUCCAUCCUCCUCUGGGCAAAUAGCAGGAAAUACAACCUUGGUGGAACCAAAACACCUCAAAUGACAACAAAAAAUAACAAUUACACAAAAGUAUUUCUGACAAACUAAAUUCUAUCUCCAUUAUGAAUAAUGAUUAAACUUACUCAAGAACAAUUUACCAAUGGCAUGGGAGUGCUCAAGGGUAUGUUGUCUGACCAGGAGAUUGACUGGCUUCCCAUCCUCCAACAAGCGCUCGUAGAUAAUCUCGCAUUCGGUGUUGGAUAUAUCAGUUUCUCUAGCCUAUUAGGAUGGCAAGAUACUUUGUGGCUUUCAGCUUUGCUGACAGGCUCUCUCAUUAUUAUUAUAUCAGCAAUUUGACCGAUCAUCUCCGCACAUUUUACAUCAUUGUCGUAUGUGGGAUUAAAAUCAACUCCGUUUUUGUGGUGGAGUCUGAUAAACCGCCCAAAUUUGACGAAAGGUGUUCUUCUUUCACAAAGAGCUGCCGCCGCUUCUCCUCCUCAGACAGCAGUACUUGCCUCCUCAAGGCUGCUGAUACCGUGAUUGAUGGUUUCUCCUGUCUCAACAGGUACAGAUCUCUGCGUUGGAUAUGCCGCCUAAAGAUGUUAUGUUUCGCUACGAUAUCUCUUUUCAGAUGCAGGUUUCCUUACAGAAAAGACGAGUUUCCUGCCUGUUUCUGCACUCUACAAUAUUUGCAGAACAGUUGGCGACAACUCGCAUUGAAUCUAUAUGUGUCUCCUUCCGACGGCUACAGUGGACGUUGAAGUGAUAGCGGGGGUCACGGUAGCUUCGCUAACGUUAGCUGCCUCAGGUAAACCUUAUGAAGAGGCUUCAUUAGUUGAACCUUGCGAAUCCCCCUCGCCGGAUUCCUCUUUCUCCUCGUCUCCUUUUCCCUUAAAAUAAAAUGGAAUGGGCUUCAUUUUUAGCGAUGUUUGCCUGUGAACUUAUAGCUUAUACCGAUACGUUUUUCCAGUGUUGUUCACCUUUCUCUCACUCUGACUGGACUGCGUCAUCACUGAAAACUCUACUGUGGUUGGUGCAUGCCGCUUGUGGAAUAUGCGACUUGUAGUUUUUAAACAAUUAGCAGCGGGGGAAAAAUAGAUUAGGGUGAGUUUUAAUUUUUCCGGUUCGCACAUAUCUAUUUUUAGGGGCAAAUGCGAGUGAAAUACUCGCACUGUUAGAACCCUGUGUCUUACCUUGGUUCAAAGUAUCCUAGCCAAAUCAAAACAUAUCCGUGAAGGCAUUUUUUUUUAUAUCAUCUUUCUUUCAUUGUCCAGUAGCCAAAGCCACACUUCUAGUCAUAUUAGCAACUAAUGCUAGUUGUUGCAUAUUAGAUUUCCCCUCUUUCUAAAAUUCUAAUGGAUAUUUUCGUCCUUCAUAAUGAAAUCACUCGCAGAUGCGGUGUCUUCCUGUCAAUUGCAUUAUGGAACGAACAUUCGUGCGUAGCCUACUACCUUGUGUGCAUUGCUGUGUUUACGCCAUUAUAAACUAAAGGGCUGAUCUGUUGCAUCAGUCAUUUCUUUUUAACAUUUAUUUUAUGUAGCCUAGACCUACUUGUUGUAUGAAUUUGUGAUAUUAUUUCCCUCAAUAAUCUCAGAUUAUGUUUGGAAUAUACUAUUUAUUUCAAGACAAACUGACAAAUGGAUAAGGUCAAUUUUUCUACUAUGGGGAUAGUAGAACAUAUUAGGGCUGACCCCAAGUGUGUGGCACAUGUCUUGAUUGAUGCCUAUAUCAGUGGACUGUUAAUUCCCAUAAUUUCUAAUCUGCAGUGUUUAUUUGGUUACCAUAAUUUCUGUUAAUGCAUUCAAUAUGUUAUAAUUAUUUGUGUUUUAUAGCUACAGUAUCAUUGUCGGAGUGGGCACGUUAUUUUCAGAGUGCACAACCAAGGAUAUACUUGUGAGAAACAAGUUUUAGUUUAUUUCAUUCCAUUUCCGUGUGAUUUAAUUAGAUUUUUUUUAUUGUGUUUUGUUUGGAGCACUCCUGUCAAUGUUGAGUAAGGACACACAACUGAUUAUGCAAAGAAGUAGGCCUAGGCUACCAAAUGUAGGUUUAUAAAUGUGCCCAUUUGGGGAUCUGAUAGUAUUUCUGAUUGUCUUAAACUCGCCACCACUAAUGAGCUGUGGAGCUUCUCAAAUAAAUGUUUUCAUCAAAAGCAAGUAAACAAAGUCUGUUUUUACAUCCAUUGAGCAUUACAACAGUUCCUCAAUGUAGCCUAUUUGAAAAAUAUUUCCAGCUCUCUCUCUCUUUCGAUAACUACUAAGCACAAAGAAAUGUAAAAAGUCAUGCUACUCCUUAUCCCUUAUCCCAGCCUACAGCUGUGUCUGUCUGGAGCUCACUGGCACUGGAAACUGAGGGUCCAGAAUAUUUGACCCAAUUUUACAAGUUUGUUAACCAAGCGUUGGGCUGGAGCAAGUUAAUAGUUGAUACAAUGUUUCAAGUUCCUUGCAGACAGGCCAGGCGUAGCCAAUGUGAUUUAUUUGUAUCAGGAUAUUUUCUACCUGCAGGCUGCAAGGAAAGAGUAACCUCACACAAGCGUUCAUAUUUAGCUAACUCUCGGCUGACAGAAAUCACAGGUGACCUCACCAUUGAUCAAAAUAAUUGAGUAAAACACUUUCUAAAAAUCAAAAGUAAUGUGACGAUGGUUAGUUUGUACACACAUAAGAAGAGGAGACCAGAUGAGUUUGAUCUAUUUGCAUUAUGCAUUUUGAAGGGUGUGUCGUCGACCAUCAUUCACUUCCCUCCAUUCACUCUGUAAGUUAACUCGAAAGAUCAGUGAACCGUCCCUCACCAAAUUUUGUUAUAACAUCUUUGAUCUGACAGAUUUUUACGUGACACCCAGAAUGCAUUGUAUAAUGUCAACAAACAUGGUGCCACACAUAGUUGGCAAGUAGUUUAGCAUUAGCUCAUCAUAAUCAGUACAAACUUCAACAAAGUAUAAUGCACAACCUAUGCAAGAAUCAGAAUGCAUGAUUUGUCACCAGUACUUGAAAACGCGAAUAAAACAGUAAAUACAUUAUACUUUAUACAUACAUACGGCACGCUACCAAAUACUUAUUUUACACCAUAAUUUGCA